AUGGCAACUGCGAUGCCUGCUCGGACCUCUCGGCUAGCAGAUGACGCCGCGACAGCUGCCCUCUAUGUGACCCAUCCCGAACACAAGGCGUCCAUGCGCGCCCCGACCGCGCCGAAUACGUACUUUAACCCCCGAGCUGGUGGAGCUCCCAACCUCAGCCAUGCAUCGGCCGCCUCUGCCCUCGCGCAUGCGAACCGCAAACCGGUCGAAGUAUGGCAACCCCCUGCCCGACAGCCGGCUGCCGAAAAGGCCGCGUAUUGCGUGAAAGACUUCACCCCUCCCCAGCAACCUCAGGCCCCAACAGGGUACAGCGCUGCUGGUUUAGGCGCUGCAGUGCUCGCCGCCCGUGGUGAACAACGAACUGCUGGCCCUGCUCAGUCACCCACUCACAAGCGCGGCAUCUCCGCCGACCAGCACCAUACUGCUGUCGGUGGUGACCCGCAGGCGAAGGCCCUCCAGGCUGCGACAGGAGCCUAUACCCAGUCGCGCCAGAGAGCCGACUCGGUACCCAGUGAGCCGCGCCUUUCAUCCGACGGCCUGGUUUCUCGUUCGGCUGCGCGCCAUGUUCGCAUGGAAAGCGACGCUCCCCUUGAUCAUUUGGACAAUGCCAACGAAGCAAGCCGGAUCCAUCGUAUCGCUAACACCAACGCGAAGCUGUAUACCUCGAACCCACCUGUUCAAAGUGAGAUCGAGGAGAAAAACUACAAAAACUCCCUGCGCGCUGCGGCGAUCUCUAUGUCAAAGGACAUGUAUAAAGUCACCGGAGCCAAGGAAGAGACCGGUGGAGUGGAUGCCGCCGUCCUAGCAGCCCAAAAAGGACAGAGUCAGCUGGGCUACCGCAAGACUGUGUCUAGUACGGAUGGGUCUGCCCUCCGACGCGCCAUUGCCUUGCAGGACGCGGCGCAAAAGCGAGCUGCCGAGAAGCUCGCGCACAUGCAAGACGAGAACGCCGAGUAUCAGGAGUACUAUGGCACAGCUCCUCAGCCGUCACGAUCGCGCCUGACUACCCGCCGCAAGAGAACGUCAAGUGACGCAGAUGCCUCACAGAUUGAUGCAGAACAGUCUAGACAGAUCCGGAACCAGAUGUCCAGCCUGCGAACCAAGAUGGACCAAGUGGAUGGGCGAAGGACAAGGGAUCGCGAAUUGCUCAUGCAAGCUGCUCGUCGCAAUGUCGAUGCAACCCUCCAGGACAUGGAGGCGAGGUUCUACGCUAACACUGGCCGAGCUCCACCUUCUGUACAGAAGAACUGGGAUGAUCUCGCCCAGGGGCGGGUUAGACGAGAGGCAGAGGCCUCCGAACUGGCCGCCGUGCAAGGUGAUCGCGUUAACAUCGGUGGUCAACGGUACAUGGAUAUGGCUGAUGUCGAAGCUGUUGCUCGUACUCGCCUCCAGCCCGCACUCGAUGAGAUCACUGAUGAUGCCGAACAGCGCAGGGCUCAUGAUGUGGAGGCCCGCCUUGAUGCUGAGGAGAAGCAAAGACAUGCGGCUAUUGAACGCCAACGCGAAGCUGAGCUCCGUGAGUUGGAAAAGCAAGAGAAAGGUACAAACAAGCGCGAAAACAAGUCCGAGGGCAAAAUUUCGAUCCCUAAAUUCUUCCUCUGGAGGAAGAAGGGCAAGCGAGCUCGUGUAGAAGAGUCUGAGACUCAGCAGGCCCAGCCUGUGUCGCCUGUAGCUCAGGAGACUGUGGAGGAGCCAGCACCUAGUGUGGCCCCGGAUAACGAUGUCUCUAAGGAGACCAUCCCCGAGGAGGCCCCUAGUGAGCCAGAGGUGGCGGCUGCUACAGGCACUCUAGCCGCAGCUGCCCCCUCGGUCUCAGUAGCCUCAACAACGGAGGCUGACAGGACCACUGGAACCGAGGUCCCACCCGCAGUACCCAGGCGUCAAUCUGCACCACUCCAAUCUGAACAGCGAGAUGCUGCUGCUAGUACUUCGGGCCCAACUAUGAUACACCAUUUCGAGCGUCCGGUCUCGAGCCCCCGCGCCGACUCCAAGCUCAAGACCUGGUUCCGUGAUCGUCUCGUCCGCCGUUCCAGUGGACCAUUCCCUGUCUAUCCUCAUCAGCCCGGGCCAAAUUCCAACACAGACAGUGAACCCGCUUUUCAGGGCGGUGCUGCCCUGACCGGCCGAGACGAGACUCGCGGAGCUGCCCUCAGCUCGCACCCUGUCGUUGGGUCGGACUCCAUCCCAGUACACAACAGAUCUUCCAGCUACCACGGUAACGACGUCGACGUGACCAAGACCAGAACUCAAGAUUCUUCCCCGGAAUCGGUAACACAAGAAAAUGGCAAUGGCAAGAAGCCAAGCCGUCUCCGCAGGACUUUCCUCAAGACCGUUUCGCGUAGCUCUGAUGAGCCCAUGACAAAUGGUCCUGGUGAUUCCCGCCGCGGCUCCGAGGCUCCCUCGUCUAAGUCAAAGGAUACUGCUGGUACUGAUAUCCAGGGGUUGCGUAAUAGUGCUGUUGAACAGGGUCUUCCUGCUCCGCCUACAUUGGGUGAGACUGGCAGUGUUGCCCGGGAGUCGAGGUUUUCUGAGGAUCUGUGA